GCAUAAAGCCUAGUUGCUCUGAGGAAUGUCUGGGACCAGACCAGUUGCAGGGGAGCAGGGUGCGGUACGGUCUGGUCUCCUGGGGGCCCUUCUCCCUGCAGCAUGGGGAAGAACAAACUCCUUCAUCCAAAUCUUAUUCUCCUCCUUCUGAUCUUCCUGCCUGCAGAUGCCUCAGUCCCUGGAAAACUGCAGUACAUGGCCCUGGUCCCCUCCCUGCUCCAUACCGAGACCCCUGAGAAGGGUUGCAUCCUUCUGAGCUACCUGGAUGAGACAGUGACUGUAAGUGCUUCCUUGGAGUCCCUCAGGGGAAACCAGAGCCUCUUCACUGACCUGGUGGUGGAGAAGGAUUUAUUCCACUGCGUCUCCUUCACUGUCCCAAGAUCUCCAUCCAAUGAGGAGGUCAUGUUCCUCACUGUCCAAGUGAAAGGACCAACCCAAGAAUUCAAGAAACGGACCACAGUCGUGGUUAAAAAUGAAGAGAGUCUGGUCUUCGUCCAGACAGACAAAGCCAUCUACAAACCAGGGCAAACAGUGAAGUUUCGUGUUGUCUCAUUGGAUGGAAAUUUUCACCCCCUGAGUGAGUUGAUUCCACUUGUAUUCAUUCAGGACCCGAAAGGAAAUCGUAUCGCACAAUGGCAGAAACUCAAGUUAGCGAGUGGCCUCACGCAACUGGCCUUUCCCCUCUCAUCAGAGCCCAUCCAGGGCUCUUACAAGGUGGUGGUACAGAAGGAAUCAGGUGGAAGAACGGAGCACCCCUUCGCCGUGGAGGAAUUUGUGCUCCCCAAGUUUGAAGUGCAAGUAACAAUGCCAAAGAUAAUCACUAUCUUGGAAGAAGAGGUGAAUGUGUCAGUAUGUGGCCUAUACACAUACGGGAAGCCUGUCCAAGGACAUCUGACUAUGAGCAUGUGCAGAAAGUACAGUAACCCUUCUAACUGCUAUAGUGGAGAGUCGCAGGCCAUCUGUGAGAAAUUCAGUCAACAGCUAAACAGCCAGGGCUGCUUUUCUCAACAAAUAAAAACCAAGAUCUUCCAGAUGAAGAGACAAGGGUAUGAAAUGAAGCUUGAAGUGGAGGCCAAGAUCCAAGAAGAAGGAACAGAGGUAGAAUUAACUGGAAAAGGAUCCAGUGAAAUAACAAGAACCAUAACCAAACUCUCAUUUGUGAAAGUGGACCCAUACUUUAGACAAGGGAUCCCCUUCUUUGGGCAGGUGCAGCUAGUGGAUGGGAAAGGUGUCCCCAUGCCAAAUGAACUCAUCUUCAUCACAGCAAAUGAAGCUAACUAUAAAUCCAAUGCGACCACUGAUGAGCAUGGCCUGGUACAGUUCUCUAUCGACCCCACCAGCGUGAUGGGCACCUCUCUCACUGUCAGGGUCAAAUACAAGGAUCAGAGUCCCUGUUAUGGCUAUCAAUGGCUGUCAGCAGAAAACGAAGAAGCUUAUCACACUGCUAACCUUGUAUUCUCCCUAAGCAAGAGUUUUGUCCACCUAGAGCCCAUGCCUCAUGAACUGCCCUGUGGCCAAACUCAGACAGUCCAAGCACAUUAUACCCUGAAUGGACACGCCCUGCAGACGCUGAAGGAGCUCGUGUUCUAUUAUCUGAUAAUGGCAAAGGGAGGCAUUGUCCGAACUGGGACCUAUGUGCUGCCUGUGAAGCAGGGAGAUAUGAAAGGCCACUUUUCGGUGUCAGUCCCUGUGGACACAGACAUUGCUCCCAUCGCCCGAUUGCUCAUCUACGCCAUUUUACCUGACGGGGAAGUGGUUGGGGAUUCUGCAAAAUAUACGAUUGAAAACUGUCUGUCCAACAAGGUGGACUUGAGCUUCCGUCCAGCACAAAGUCUCCCGGCCUCACAUGUCCACCUGCGAGUCUCAGCUUCUCCUCAGUCCCUCUGCGCCCUCCGUGCCGUGGACCAAAGUGUGCUGCUCAUGAGGCCCGAGGCUGAGCUGUCCGCGGCCUCGGUUUAUAACCUGCUACCGGUGAAGGACCUCACUGGUUUCCCUGCGAGUUUGAAUCAACGGGAGGAAGAUGAUGAAGACUGUGUCAAUAGCCAUAAUGUCUUUAUCAAUGGAAUCAUGUAUUCGCCUGUAUCAAAUACAAAUGAAAAAGAUAUGUAUAGCUUCCUACAGGAUAUGGGCUUAAAGGUAUUCACCAACACAAGGAUUCAUAAACCCAAAGUAUGCUCACCACCUGAACCCUAUGCAAUGCAGUCAUCUCGAAGACUAUUUGCUUCUCCAGCCAUAUCUGAAUUGCAAAGAGGCCAGGAACUUACAGAUAUGGCACAUGUUUCAGAGGCGUUCACCGAGACUGUGAGAAAGUAUUUCCCUGAGACGUGGAUCUGGGACUUGGUGGCCGUAGAGUAAGUAACUUUC